CCUGCACACCUCUUCCGGAGGCGGACAACCCACAAGCAAGGCACCGCAAAGAAUAAUCCAUCUGAGGAGGAGAAACCUAGCGGUUCUGAGGACGGCUUUGUCGCGCAGACAGAUGGAUUUCUCUCGUCCUGUAACGUUUUGAGUCUGACGUCGAUCAUGUGACAGCUGCUGUCGCAUUUGGAGAAUCGGAGUUUUCAGUUCAGCACCAUGGUUACGUCUAAUACCGCUUUGACUUUGAUGAUCGCGGCUGUUUGGUGUGUCAGCUGCGAACCACAAACCCCGUCGUCACCCGCCACCACGCAGAUCAACUCCACGUCGUCCCUGAGCCACGCUGAGGUGACACAGAAUGUCACAGACGCCGCCGUGGGAUCCCGGAUCUCAUCCCUGAUGACGCACCUGCCCACGGUGAAAAACAUCGUCAUCUUCAUCUGCGUGAUAGCGGCUGCUCUCAUCACGUGCCUGCUGAUCAAAGUGGUCAGAUCAGGCAGACGAAUUAGAAAAACAAGAAAAUAUGACAUUAUUACCACACCAGCAGAGCGUGUAGAGAUGGCUCCUCUCAAUGAGGAGAACGAUGACGAGGAUGACUCGACACUUUUUGACGUCAAAUACAGGUGAAUCCCAGUGUAGAUAUCAACAUUUAACACCACCUGCUUUGGCCAAGACGGCUCAAGUGGUUUCCAGAUGUUUUCCUGUGUCUUUGAGAUGUCGGGUUUUACCAAACAAAGGAUUUCAUGCAGCGCUUGUAUGCAUGACUUUUUAUUUGUGAUUGAAGGACCUGAGCACAACGGAUAUCAUUGUUUGCUGCUUUAAUGCCGUGAUGGUCAUGUGGUCCAAAUAGCCUGCCAAUCACUUAAGUAGUCAGCAUGGUGGAGUUAGGUCAUCUCCAUAACAGUCUAGUUCCUUGUUACAGAGUAACAAAUUGUAAAAAUGCAGCUACAGUUAAUGUAGGCCAUUGAGAUGUAGGAAUCAGUAGCUUAAAAACUGUGAUUG